CAACAAGCGAGCCCCCAAAGAAACCCCUAAGCACUGACUACUGACUACUGACUCCAGAAGCUCCGGAAAGCUUUGGCUCGCGGGGUUGCAGAAGAUCGGAGGAGGAAGAUGGGGACGUCGGUGCAGGUGACGCCUCUCUGCGGCGUCUACAACGAGAACCCGCUCUCCUACCUCAUCUCCAUCGACGGCUUCACCUUCCUCGUCGACUGCGGCUGGAACGACCACUUCGAUCCCUCCCUCCUCCAGCCCCUCUCCAGGGUGGCGACGACGGUAGAUGCGGUGCUGCUGUCGCACCCGGACACUCUCCACCUGGGAGCCCUGCCUUACGCCGUGAAGCAGCUCGGGCUGUCGUCUCCUGUUUACGCCACCGAGCCGGUUUUCAGAUUGGGGCUGCUCACUAUGUACGAUCAGUACCUCUCGCGGAAACAAGUAUCAGAGUUUGAUCUAUUCACACUGGACGAUAUUGAUUCUGCUUUCCAAAAUGUGACCAGGCUGACAUAUUCUCAGAACCAUCAUUUUUCCGGAAAAGGGGAGGGGAUUGUGAUUUCUCCACAUGUGGCUGGGCACCUCCUGGGAGGUACAAUCUGGAAAAUAUCAAAGGAUGGAGAGGAUGUCAUAUAUGCAGUGGAUUUUAACCAUCGUAAAGAAAAGCAUUUGAAUGGAACUGUUCUUGAAUCCUUUGUCCGACCUGCCGUUUUGAUUACGGAUGCUUACAACGCCUUAAACAAUCAGCUCCCAACUAAACAAAGGGAGAGAGGAUUUAUAGAUGCUAUAAAAAAGACUGUCGAAGCAGGAGGAAAUGUAUUAAUACCUGUUGACACUGCUGGACGAGUGCUGGAACUUAUUCUGAUACUGGAAGAGAGUCCUCUGAAUUGUCCAAUCUAUUUCCUCACAUAUGUCGCCUCAAGCACAAUUGAUUAUGUCAAGAGUUUCCUUGAGUGGAUGAGCGACAAUAUAGCGAAGUCUUUUGAGCAUACACGUGACAAUGCUUUUCUUCUGAAGCAUGUCUCACUCCUAAUUAACAAGAAUGAUCUUGAUAAUGCUCCAGCUGGUCCAAAGGUUGUUCUAGCAUCCAUGGCCAGCUUAGAAGCAGGCUUUGCUCACGAUAUAUUUGUGGAAUGGGCAACUGAUACCAAGAAUCUCAUACUUUUUACUGAAAGAGGCCAGUUUGCAACCUUAGCUCGCAUGCUUCAGGCAGAUCCACCCCCAAAAGCUGUCAAAGUUACCAUGUCUAAAAGAGUUCCUUUGGUUGGGGAUGAGCUACUUGCUUAUGAAGAAGAGCAAAAUCGGAUAAAGAAGGAAGAAGCUAUGAAAGCUAGUAUUAUCAAAGAAGAGGAAUCAAAAGCAGUGCAUGCAUCUGAAAAUGUGGGUGAUCCGAUGGUCAUUGAUGCCAGCAACACUCAGGCAUCGCAAGAAGCAGCUGGUUCACAUGGUGCCAGAUACCGUGACAUUUUUAUUGACGGAUUUGUUCCACCACCCAACUCUGCUGCUCCUAUGUUUCCUUUUUAUGAGAAUGCCUCUGAGUGGGAUGAUUUUGGUGAAGUGAUCAAUCCUGAUGACUAUGUAAUUAAAGAUGACGACAUGGAUCAAGGAGCUUUGCCCUUUGUGAGCAAUAUGGAUGGAAAACUUGAUGAAGGACCUGCUAGUUUGAUACUUGAUAUGAAGCCCUCCAAAGUUGUAUCGACUGAACUAACUGUGCAAGUCAAAUGCUCAUUGAUAUACAUGGACUUUGAGGGACGUGCGGACAGCCGAGCAAUUAAAUCAAUACUUGCCCAUGUGGCUCCCCUAAAGCUUGUUUUGGUGCGAGGAUCAGCCGAGGCAACGGAGCAUUUGAAGCAACACUGCUUGAAAAAUGUCUGCCCUCAAGUCUAUGCUUCCCAAAUUGAAGAAACAAUUGAUGUCACAUCUGAUUUAUGUGCUUAUAAGGUGCAACUUUCUGAGAAAUUGAUGAGCAAUGUGCUUUUUAAGAAGUUAGGAGAUUAUGAAAUAGCUUGGAUCGAUGCUGAAGUUGGAAAGACAGAGAAUGGAAUGUUGUCUUUGCUUCCGCUGUCAACUUCAGCACCACCACAUAAAUCGGUACUUGUUGGUGAUUUGAAGCUGGCGGAUUUCAAACAGUUCCUAGCCAGCAAGGGUGUUCAGGUAGAAUUUGCAGGUGGAGCUCUUAGAUGCGGUGAGUAUGUAACACUACGCAAAGUUGGCGAUGCAAGCCAGAAGGGCGGUUUAUCUGGCACUCAGCAGAUUGUCCUCGAGGGACCUCUCUGUGAAGAUUAUUACAAGAUUCGUGAUUAUUUGUACUCGCAGUUUUAUUUGCUUUGAGAUUAGAUACGCAUGCAAUUCUACUUAUGGGGUAAAGAAGCCUGCGCCAUGUCACAUUAUUCUGCUAUGAGCCAUCAAAAGCUUUUUUUCUCA